AUACAGUCGUGUACUGUGUGUCGCUCGGAUGCUGCGGGGGGUGUCCGGGGUGUCACGGGCCUCCCCGCAGGGGGUGCACGGGGCUCGAUGUCCUUAUCCUUUUAUUUUGUCAUCGGACAAAAUAACUGCGCGGGGGGAGUGCGGUCGCCUUAACUCGGAGAGCGCGCGCGCCUGUGAGCCCUUUAAGGCGCGCGCCACAAGCCUCCAGAGCGUCACCGCCGCUCCGUGCUGACAGGUCGCUCGCUCGCGCGUGCGCCCUCCUCCUCCUCCUCGUUGUUGUUUCUCUCUCACGUGUCCGCAGCGAUGGCGCGCGCAGCCCCCGUUCUCCUCUGGCUCUGUGUGUUGGACGGCGCGUGGCGCGCGCUUUCCGGAGAGCGCGCGGGGCCCCGCGGGGGCGCCGCUCCGUGUUACGAGCCCGCGCUGCUGGAGCGACCCGCGCUUGUCAAGACGUACCCCAGGCCGCACGAAUAUGUGAACGUCUCCGAUCUUCCCUCCGCGUGGGACUGGAGGAACGUCGAGGGCAGGAGCUACGUGAGCCCCACGCGCAACCAGCACAUACCGCAGUACUGCGGCUCCUGCUGGGCCAUGGGGGCCACGAGCGCCCUGGCAGAUCGCAUCAACAUAAAGAGGAGGGGGGCGUGGCCAUCUGCAUAUCUGUCCGUCCAAAACGUGAUCGACUGCGGGAAGGCGGGGUCCUGUUUCGGGGGCGACCACCUGCUCGUCUACGCCUACGCGCACAAAGCAGGGAUUCCAGAUGAAAGCUGCAACAACUACCAGGCCAGAAACCAAGCUUGCGACCCCUUCAACCAGUGCGGCACCUGCUCCUUCUUUGGCUCCUGUAGCGCCGUGAAGAACUACACGCUUUGGAAAGUGGGCGAUUAUGGGCAAGUGUCUGGGCGCGACAGGAUGAAAGCAGAGAUUUAUGUUAACGGACCCAUAAGCUGCGGCAUCAUGGCGACGGCCGGCCUGGAGGCCUACGGCGGAGGGGUGUUUGCGGAGUUCCACCCGCUGUCGCUCAUGAACCACGUGGUGUCGGUGGCGGGAUGGGGCGUCGGCGAAGACGGCGCCGAGUAUUGGGUCGUUCGAAACUCCUGGGGACAGCCGUGGGGUGAAGACGGCUGGCUGAGAAUCGUCACCAGUGCCUACAAGGAGGGGAAGGGAAACUGGUACAACUUGGCCAUAGAGAGGAGCUGUGCCUACGGAGACCCCGUCGUGCCCUAGGACUCGUCCCACCUGCUGAGUGCCCAUUAUGACCUCUAUGCUUUGUUAUAUAAAUGUAAUGUAAAUAUCUGGAGGCCACAUAAGAAUACAUCACAUACAAAAGCGACGUUUUUUGCAGUACAUUUUACAUUGAUAUUUCCAAUAUUUUUACUGCAUUUCUCCUUUGCGGGGAAGUAUUGCGAUGUGGAAAAAACAAGUAGAAAAAGUGUAGAAAUGAAGACGAAAGCUGUAAGUUACGGGUGUACCUGUACACAUCUUUAUGAGCUGGAAAUCUAUAGGGAGACGUGUUCAUCUCGUCGCUUUGGGCCGGAGCCCCAGCGGAGCUGCGGCCACAAGGGCCCCUUUGAGCGGACGUUGAGCCGAAAGAGUCGCUUCGCUGUGGCCGUUUCUGACAGACACACACACACACACACACACACACACACACACACACACACACACGCGUCCUGGCUCCCGCUGGAAGCUCAUGUGCUGUAAAGUAACAUUCCAGGAGCAAAGGAAUGUUUUUGCUCGACUUCUUCCUUUCAAGUAUCGUUGGUGCAUUUUUUGCACAGCAACAUGUAUUUUCACUACUUGUGCUUCAUGGUAAAGUGUGUAGGAGGGAAGUGAACUCGUACUCUUGAAACACUUGUAUGGUAUUUAUGCGGCACGGUGUUUUGUAGAGGAUUCUAAGAGCUCUUUAAUACAAUUUACAGCGGCAAGAACACAGGAUUUAUUGUAAUGAUGUGUCGGAAUAAGUCAAAGUCCCGCUCUACCAGUUGUACAGAUUUCAUCUUUAGACUCGCUUGUUGGCUGCAUUCUGUAGGCGUGUGUCAUGCGCUUCCUGUUAAAGGUCCGCAUUCGUGGCAUAACUGAAUUCUGUCGGUAUUUCGUGCUGCGAAGAUGCCCUUAAAAUGAUUCUCGCUGGGACUUUAGGCCACACCGCACCCAUGAUGCUCCUGUUCAGCCCUGACAGCAGCCUCGUGUCAGAUGACUUGUGCUCCAGCUGUCACUGUCAGAGAUUAUCCUCAUGUUUAACUGGAUUUUUGCCCCAUAGAUUAUGCACGAAUAGCAAUCCAUGAUUUAGCUCUCAUAAGGAAUUUUAAUAAUCAUCUUGGCUAUGCAGGUCUGGACCAUGAAGCGUAAGAUAUAAAUUUGCCAUUUAGUUAAUCCUCGAAAUCAAAUAUUUGUGUUAUUUGUGUUAUUUUCCCUUUUAGUCCGGCCUUAUGGUGAGUGACUUGAAAUAAUCGUUUAAAACAAUAUUUAAAAUCACAUGCUAAAAAUAGUAGAAAUUUCAUACACCACAAUAUAUUCUGUAUAAUAUCAGUUUCUGCAGGCAUAACGCGUCCGGUCCGUUUACUGCUUUGUAGAGUUUAUGUAACAAGACGAGCUCUCCUGGAAUGAAGUGUACAGAUUGGGUUUUCCACAAUAUUGAUUGUGUCCGCAUGAGCAUUUCAUUAAGCGGCUACAGUUGGUUUUCUGCAGACUGAUGGAGUCAUAAACGAUUUGAGUUGUGCAGCUGCGGAGGGAGCCAGACCCAGAAGAUCCACAUUAGUCUUGAUAUGUCAUUAUGCUUCACUCCUUCCCUCCAGGGAAAUGCCGUGAUAAUAUGUGUUGAGUUGAUGAAAUUGAGAUGAAAGGUUUGGUAAAGCAGCAUAAUAGUAUCAAUUCUUUUUUUUUCUUUUUUUUUUUUUGGAGGGAAGAGUAAGGUUUGCAUGAAAGUUCCUGCUGGACAUAAACACGCUGGAGUUUGUAUAACUAACUCUCUUUCUUAGACUCUCACUGUCCAUGUAACUGUGUCAAACCUGAUGUUGCAUUUCUAUAGGAGAACAGAGGAUCUGUAGCUCUGCUGCCCUCAACCUCUGUUUCCAAGAAAUAAAGCCCUAAUACACACAUUAAUACUUAGAGCCAUUUUUGGGAAACCGCUUUUUGUAGCGGAGGAGCAGCGUGGCCGUAGGUUCGAAUCGGGCUCAGUCUGCGUGGAUCAUCUUUGUAUGUUCUCCGCAUGUCUGCCUGGGUUUUGCCAAGGUGCUCUGGUUUCCUCCCACAGUCCAAAGACAUACAGCUCGCGAUGAACUGGUGACGCUAAAUUGCCCGGUCGGUGUGUGUGUGUGUGUGUGUGUGUGUGUGUGUGUGUGUGUGUGUGUGUGUGUGUGUCGGGGGCGGCUACCCUGCUGCGAUGGACCCAGUGGUUCCGGGAUCGACUGAAUAAUUUUCAUAAUUCCAUAUCGCAGAAAUGAGGAACAUCCAAUAGUUUUUUGUCCCCACAUGCUCUUAAGAAGCGUCACACAUGAAGUGAAUCGGGUGAAUGACUCGAAAGGACACCCUACUGAGCGAGGGCGCGUGACACUGCGGGCAGCGAACCAAAGGGCCUGCGCCGGGGGGGGGGUGGGCUUCUUCCCACCGAA